GCCCCUUAUGGCUUCCCUGGUCACUUCUUUAGAAGGUUUUGGAAUGUUUGUGAGACGAAAUUCUGUGAGGAGAUUCGGGAUUUCUUCAGAAAUGCCAGUAUCACACCAGGGUGGAAUGACACCUUUAUUACUAUUAUCCCAAAGGUGGAGGAACCUGAAAAUCUUGGUCAGUUCAGACCCAUCAGCUGCUGUAACUUCAGGUAUAAGGUGAUUACGAAGAUUAUGGCAACAAGACUCCAGGUUUGGCUGCCUAGUCUGAUUUCUGAGAUGCAGUCAGCUUUCACAGGGGGAAGGCAGAUACAGGAUAAUAUUGUGAUCGUUCAUGAGGUGCUGAAUAAUUUUAAAAAGCACAAAAUUGGGAAGAAAAGGGAUAUGAUGAUUAAGCUGGAUAUGAAGAAAGCAUAUGACCUGGUGGAGUGGAAAUGCCUCCUAAGCCUAUUAAAGGCUUAUGGGUUUGGUGAGAUAUGGUGCUCAUGGAGCAAAGAAUGUAUCUCAACUGUAAGAUUCAAUAUUCUUUUUAACAGAUCACCAACUGAAGGGUUUACUCCAUCCAGGGGCAUCAGACAAGGAGACUCACUGUCACCUCUGCUGUUCAUUCUUAUGACAAAUGCGCUCUCCUUUCUGGUGGAGAAAUCUAUUGAGCUAAAACACUUAAAAGGAUUGAAGCUGAAUCAAAAUUGUCCGAGGCUCACGCAUUGCCUCUUUGCGGUUGAUACUGUUUUCUUUGGAGAGGCAUCACUGAGGGAAGCUGCCAAUCUGAUGAAAGUGAUCAGGGAUUAUGGAGCUUUUACAGGACAGGAGAUUAACACGAACAAAUCCUCAGCCUUCUUCAGCUUCAACGUGAAUGAUGAGGAGCGUCAGUCCAUUAGUGGCUAACUGGGGUUUGAAGAGGAUUUCAUUCAUGAUAAGUACCUUGGGAUCCCGACGGCCUAGGGACGUUCAAGAAAGGAAAUGUUCCAAUUUUUUAUCGAGAAAAUGGAAAAGAAGGGGGAAGGAUGGCAGAGUCUCUUACUCUCACCCGAGGGAAAAUAGGUCUUACUCAAAGCGGUGUUUCAGGCAAUCCCCUCUUACCUGAUGACAGUUUUCCUCUUCCCAAAGACUACUACAAACAGGAUGGAUGGAAUGCUUAGAAGAUUUUUUUGGUCGGGGUCGAUGAGUAAAAAACCAUUCAUUGGAGGGCGAGCAAUGUGCUUUACGCCCCUAAGGAGGAAAGGGGCCUGGGUUUUCGUCCUUUUGCGGUUGUUAAUCUUGCACUCCUCACGAAACAAGCUUGGAGGAUGAUUGAGUCCCAAAAUGCUCUUUGGGUUAAACUACUGAAAGGUCUGUAUUUCCCAAGGGGGAAUUUUCUGAAGGCAAAGAAGGGAAGCAGAGCAUCAUGGAUCUGGGGAAACCUCUGGGAAGCAGGUCAAUGGUUAAGGUUGGGAUUGGUUAAGGUGAUUGGAAAUGGAAAAGAUACUGACAUUUUUACCGAUCCUUGGAUACCUUUGAUCCUGGGUUUCUGUAUUCAAAGUAUGAACCAAGAGGGACGAAAAGUGGAAGAGCUCAUUAACCAGGAUGAGAGAUCAUGGUGUAUUUCAGGGAUGGAGAGAGUGGUUUCUGAUGAGAUAAAAAAUGCAAUGGGAAAGAUUCAUAUAGUAUCCUGGGAUAUGAAUGAUUUCUGGGCUUGGAGAUUCACGAAUAAUGGGGCAUUCUCUGUUAGCUCGGCGUUCCAUGCCUUUCAUAAUCAUAUCCGGCAUGGAAGCUCAGGGUCUUCAGGGAUCUCACAAGCUGAGAAAGAUAAGUGGAAAUGGCUCUGGAGUUUAUCUCUCCCACCAAAGAUCACCUUCUUUAUUUGGAAGGCUUCGAGAGAUGCCCUUGCGACCAAGAAUAACCUGUUCGCCAGACAUUGUGCAGGAUCAAAGGCAUGUUCGCUUUGUGAUCAUGAGGAGGAGUCCAUCUUUCAUGUCAUGUUUGAAUGCCCUCAUGCAAAGGAAACAUGGAGACGUUUGCCCCUUUUCUUCCCCUCCCUCCACAAUCUGUCAAAGUUAACUACUGGUUGUGGGAUGUUGGAGAGGCGUACCCACAGGAAGGACCUCAAACGACUAUCUUUCUCCUAUGGCAUAUCUUGAAAGCGCGCAAUGAGAUGAUAUUCAGAAGCCACUCCCCUUGGCCCCCACGGACCAUCUCCCAGGCUAUGAACAAUUAUCUGUUUUGGAAGAACUGCCCAAGGAAACGAAAUGAUAGCCCUGCUUUGUCUAGUCGACCUACUCCACUUCCUCCUCACCCCCGACCACCGCCAAGAAUUCCUUACGGGGAAAUUCACUAUGAUGGAUCGUUCUUCAACGAUUCCCGGGAGGCGGCAUAUGGGAUUGUUGUCACUAAUUCCCAUGGUGAGGUGUGUGAAGGAAAGGCCGACUCCCUCCUCUGCGAUUCUGCUUUGGAAGCGGAAGCAGUAGCAAUUCAUGAAGGAUGAUUGUUUGCGCUGUCUAACCCCUCCCCUUUCGUGAUCAAAUCUGAAUGCAAGGUAAUGGUGGAUGCGAUUGCUGGACCAAAGCAUAAAUGGCCAUGGAUUGUGGCAGCGCGGAUUGACAGAAUUCGGACUGCACUAUGUAGCCUUCAUGAUGUUAGGGUUGAGUUCGUGAGGCGUGAGCAGAAUGCUUUGGCAGACUGGGUUGCUCGAUCACGGGCAAAGAACCAACUUCCACUGGAUUGGGGUCCUGUCCUGAAAGUAUUACUACCUCUUCUGUAACCUUGGUUGGAUUUUUGGGUAAUGCAGAGACUAAUUGUAAAAAAAAAACAUAGUACAC